AUGACGCCGGCUUUACGAGGUUUUACGGCUGAUAUACGAUGUCCGAUUAUCGAAAAGAAGAAACCAAUGACACCUCCGGCAGCACCAGUUGUACCACCUCGCUCACCGGUGGCUCCGACGUCGUUGCCUUUGGUUUCGACUCCACCGCCGACAAUUCCAACACCAUCACCAAUUUUACCACCUCCAUCGCCCGUCAUCCAAAAUACUCCUCAUCUUUUACCGUCAUCUCCACAUGGUUUAUCGCCUUCUCACCCGAUCUUAUUACCUCCAUCACCAGAUGUUUCUGUACCAAUUCUAGGUAACUUAUCAAAAGCUAUGCAGUAA